ACCAAAGCGAAUUGUUGCAACAUUGUCGGUUCUCGAGAGUAAAACAAACGAUUUUCCAUAAAAUGAACUCGUUGGAAAAAACGAAAGACGAAUGUUAUCGAACGGUCUUAAGACGCAACAAGUUGCGCCAAACUUUGAUACGUACUUGUGCCCGUCAUCUGCAACGUAUGAAAUACGUGAUCACCGUCUGACAAUUACCUCGCAGCGGCGAACAGCGACAAUUAAUAUUACUCUCGAUGUAUGGACGAAUCCAAGAUUUCCUUUUCUACGUCAUCGAAUGUAGUGACGCGGAACGAAAAGCGUCUUUCUCAUCGCUCGACAUUUUAAUAACGGGACGAAAUGUAUCGCUACUGCGCCCUAUGUGCGCUGAACAUCGGUAUAGACAUAUCGCCAUGUCCUUUAGGAAGGCGAGUCUUUAUUUUUUGGCGAUUGGCAAUUGCGAAAUUAAACCGGAUCCGUGCAAUUCGACUUUCUACCAAAUCCAUCUGUGUCCUUGACGCGCCUCCGCUCGCGGUUUCGUCCUUAUUCUCUCUACCUCUAGACACACUAUCGAAAUGUCAAUUUAAAAAAGAAAAUACACGCUGCAGCAGAUUCCGCGGAAAAUGAUCAAAAAUAUGUCUCGAUAUUCGUCGAAGAUUCUCUCAGCCAACGAUAUCGUUUCCUUGUUUUCUUCUCUUUUUCGUAUCAGCUUAGGAAGAGAGGAAGAUCUGGAUCUGUUACGAGUAACGGGUUACUGGUCGACCGUAUUUAAGCGAUCCUCCCGUAAGCAAGCAGAGCUGCGUGUGUGUCAAUAAACGUUGCGUGGGUUUUAAAAAGAAAUCAAAGUAGAAACCACGCUUAUUUCUUCGGCUCAGUCUGUCCGUGUUCGAAAGCGUUAGACGAAAUUGUGACGAGACGAUUUCAAUCGAAAAAAUGCGUAUCCUCGCGGUGAUAUUCGCCGGUAUUGUGAUGCUGCUGUCGCACGUUGCUACCGCAUCGAGCGAGCAAAGCGACAUGGCAGAUAGCCAACCGAAAGGGGCCAAAUUGGCAUUAUCACCCACUUCAUCGUUACAAACAGAAACGUAUCGGGACAGCGUCAAUUAUUACAAUUUCCCAAUCGACGAUACGUACAGACCGUUCCAGAGCAAAAAAUGUCCACUAUGUGACAGCUCGAUCUAUCCCUAUUGCGGAGAAAAAUUGUUGCACGACGCGUGUUGUUGCACCAAUCCCUAUACUCACGACUUACCCUAUCAAUGUAAAUUAGCAGACUGCCGAUUUUUGCAUGCAAACAGUUGCAGGGAACAUCGAUUGAUCGCAACCUGUUGCUGCAGCGAUGAUUAUCGGUUUUCAUUGAAAAGUUUCCCGAACGCUUAACAAGUGUCAACUGCCAAGCAAAUUUUGUAUAAAUCUGCCUAUUUAUUUUCAUCAUUUUAUAUCAUAACAUGGUACAAUAAAAAAGAAAAAUAUUGUUAACAAGCGAAACUGAGUGGAAUCAUCGUAAGCUAUUAAGUCGCGCGACGUCUAAAAUUGUUAAGAAUUCAUUGUAACGUUCGUAUCUAGAAAUCUAAGAGAGAUUAAUCCAUCUUGAUUAAUUUUUACUUUUCUAUGGAAAAACGAACGCAAAGUCCGUUGGCGUUUUGAUAUCGCUGGGCCGCAUGCCACAGCCACUCGUUUUUUCGUUGCGAAAUCUUCCGUGCGUUACUAUUCCCAUUUUGUUACCAAUUCGUAAAGUUACCGCUAUAACUAUAUCAGUAUGUUUCGCAGCAUUUGAGAUUUGUAACAACUGUAUCACUCGUAUAUACUUUGUUAUUGAAUAUAAGCUUUAUAUAUAUAAUAUAGCUUUAUAUAUAACUCGAUACAAGUUCUUAUUAAUGCCUAAAUUUCUUUUUUCCACUAAGCAACAUAGAGACAAUACAAAAUUACAGAUUCAGUGAAUUUAUGUCACAUAGAGGAUUACCACCUGGCAGCCGUUGGACGAUGCAGCAGUGAGGGUAACGGCACCAUGUUGAAAGCAUUCGUUCGUCUGAAAUUUGAGCUCCGAGGACUGUUGCAUGGAAGAUCUGGCGCAUGAUAUAGAUCUUAAGCGACACAAAGUCAUGGUACAUAUCUACUACUAUACUGGACAAAUUGUAAAAUUAAAAAUAAACGAUAUAAUAAGAAAAAAAAAAUAUCUACUACUAUGUAACCCACCACCCAGCCAUCAUAUUUCCCCCUCCCCGCCGUGGCAAAUAACUAUACACAUAUAUAUACACACAUAUAUCUCAUAUAUAUGUCGGAGAUGAAAGAACACCGGGGCCUUCCUUUGGAACUUUGGGAAAAUCCCGUAAUAUUGUAAUCUAGAUUCUACCAUAGCCGUAAUUAAACAAUUGUCAUUCAACCCGAUUGUACUUAUUUGAGAUUCGUGACAGUGAGCUUGGGCUCGAGGCGGCAACCAGUCGCCAACGUAGCCGCGGUCAAGGGAUGAACGUUUGUUUAACAAAGGUAUAGGGUAACAGUAUAGCUCUCCUUAAAAGAAAUAGUUGUAGCGAUAC